UUUUUUAAAUUAACUUCAACCACAAGCAAAACGAAAAUGGAGAAAAUGGGUAAGACAGGCAUAGAAGAGCACCUUCAAAAGGGUUCCAAAGUGGAGAUUUUCAGCCAAGAAGAUGGUUUCCAGAACUCUUGGUUCCCAGCUGUAAUUCUCCGACCACCGUAUUCUCAUACCUCUCAGGAGAAGAAGAAGAAGAAGAAGAGGAAGAGGAGCUCCGCCUCCGAUUCCAAAGCUUUCGUCCAGUACGAGAACUUUCUCACUGUCCGCACCCAUAAAUUACUCACUGGGUACGUCGACGUUUCUUCAAUCAGGCCAUUGCCACCACCUGAAGCACCUCAACAGGUGAUUGAGCUCAAUGACGUUGUGGAUGCUCUACACCGUGACGUUUGGUGGACCGGAGUGGUCAUCAAUGUCGUUGGUAACAAAUACUAUGUGAAGUUCAAAUUCCCACCUGAUAUUUUGGAGUUAGAUCGCUCUCAGCUUCGGCUUCACUUGGAUUGGGUAAAGGGUGUCUGGAGUCGUCCUGAAAAGCAGGAAACAACAACAGGAUCAUCACUUUUCAGCCCAGGCGAAGCAAUCGAAGUGAAUCUUGAUAAUGAACUUCCUUGCAUUGUUUGGUCACCUGCAAUUUUUCUUGGAGAAGUAUGUCCGAGCUAUUUCUUGGUGCAGACUAAAAACUCCAAAAUUGGGGAAGAUGGUCUUCAUAAAAUAACUGUAGAACUCCAUCAAAUCCGACCUCAUCCUCCACAAGUGGAAGUGAAAUUUGGUUUAUUUGAAAAGGUGGAUGCAUUUGAUGGUUUGUGUUGGUGGGUUGGAGUGAUUGCCAAAGUUCUUAUUGAUGGACGAUAUACUGUCACUUCUAUGCGUGCAAAGGAGGUGAAGGAAUACGACGGGUCAGAAUUGAGGCCACACUUGGAAUGGGUUGAUGGACGAUGGGAUACAAAACCAAUGAAUGUGACAAAUGGUCCAGAUUGUAUACCACAGUACCCACAUGCAUGUAACAGCACCAAAGACUUCCUGCUAGCAACACGAAAUGAAAGUUCAGGUGCUAGAAUGGAAAACGCUGGAGAAGAAACAUCUUGUUCCACCAACAAAGGAGACAGUCACAAGGAGCAGAAUAAUGGUGGAGUGAGUAAUGCAAUACAAGGGAAGGGAGAAGAAGAUAAAUUACCUAUCGCAAGUGGGCAAGCUGCAGCAGUAGGUGAGGAACAGAAUGGUGUAGGAGUUAUUACUGUAGAUUGCACUACUGAUAAAGUCGAAUUACCUAUGACUGCAUUGAUCGAAGUUUCUGGUGAUCAACUAAACGGAGCUGCAGGUGUUGAAGAUUGUGGAACUGAUAAAUCUGAAUUGACUGUGGCAGUUCGAGGCUCUGAAGAUGUAUUGAGAGAUGUUAAAGCUCUAGUCUCUACAACGGAUUGCUCGACAGAAGAUGUUAUGCUGGUGGAUAUGGAUGGAAUAUCUAGCAACAGUAUUUCUGAUAAUCAACCUCUAUUGGUGCCUAUCAAUGAAGUGCCCAUCAAUGAAAUUCAUCCUAUAGAAAAUGCUGAUGACUCAGGUCCCACAGGUUACAUUGAGCAAAACAGUGGUCUAUCUUUGCCAUUUGUGAAAACGUUUUCUAUUUGGCAACGAAUUGAAUCAAUGGAAGUAUUUAGAAAAUUGCCCCAGAAUCCCCAUUUUCAGCCUUUAGUGAAGUCUAAAGAGUUAUAUCGGGAAGGAUUAGCUAUUGGCUAUAUGUUAGCCUUUGUUUCUAUGGUUGAGAUGAUUGCAAAUUUGGAAAUAGAUACUCCAGGGGAAUUCUUCAAUGAUGCUACUGAAACACUUGCUGAAAUGGAAAAGAUGGGAUUCAAUGUUGAGGCAUUACGAGGUCGCCUGAGUGAUCUGCAGCUAGUUCAGGUUAAGUUGAGACAACUUGAAGAUGAAUCAGAAGGGAUCAAAAAUAAGAUCAUUGAGUCCACUCAUGACAAGACCCAAACUAACGAAGAAGUUGACGAGCUUCUCCAGGAGAUGAAGAAGUUGGAAGAAGAGAAGGCAAGGCUAAUUACUAAGACUGUGGCCAUUAACACUGAUCUAGAUAUGUUGCAAUCAGAAGAUGCUGUUAUUAUUGAAGAGAUACUAAGAGUGAAGCAAAAGUUCCUUGUUCUCCGUCAAGUUUGAGUAUUGCAUAUUUAGUUUUGUAUUUUUGAGGCAUCUUGGUGACAGGUGGUGACAGGCCAUGGAGUCUAGUAAGGAAUUUAAGCUGGUUUUGUGAAUCUGUAUAAAGCUAUAUACCCUGUGACAGGCCAUGGAGUCUAGUAAGGAAUUUAAGCUGGUUUGUGAAUCUGUAUAAAGCUAUAUACCCUGGGACAGGCCAUGGAGUCUAGUAAGGAAUUUAAGCUGGUUUUGUGAAUCUGUAUAAAGCUAGAUACUCUGGUUGAUACUUACAUUCCGUAAAUGUAAUCAAUUUGGUUUUAUGGUGCCACUUUAAUAUUUAAUCUAUUCUUAUUACUUCUUUUUCUGA